AUGACUAGCCUUUUAUACGGCAUCCUCGAAGCAAAGACGCAUUACAUGCGGCAAUCAAGCUUUGAUUCUUGCUUCUUUAUAUCAAUUAAUAAAGAUCAGCUAAGAAUAGCUGCUUUACAAACGGACGAUGUUCUUAUGGUUAUCAAUCGAGUUAUAAAAGCAAAAGAAGAGAAAGAGCUAGUGAAAUCCAAGCUAAAGAGCAAGGAAAUAAAGAUCUUUACACACGCCGAACCGAUGAUUUUCAAUAAGUGCAAGCUAUCUUUAAAUAAAAACGAAUUCGGAGUGUUAAUUGGUCAGAAAAAGCAAAGUGAAAGGCUUGCAAUAAUCAAGCUCGAUUCAGCUAUACGGGCUAAGGAGUACUUAGAGCAACGUGCUCGAGAAGCGUAUUUGAUUACUAUUUGCUACUUAAAAGCAUCUUAUGCUCUAUCGAUAGCUGCUCAAUACUAA